AUGGUGCAAGCGCCCAUGAUAUCUUGUCCGUUGAAGACGACAUCCGAGGUCAGCUGGGUCGAACCGUUGUCGCAGUACAUCCGCACCAGCUACGGUGAUGAUGCCGGCAAAUAUGCAGAAGAGAUUGGCACACUCAACAGGCUGCGGCAGGACAUGAGAGGGGCUGGCGCCGACUCGGCUUCAGGAAGGGACUUGCUGUACAGAUACUAUGGGCAACUGGAACUGCUAGACCUGAGAUUCCCUAUCGACGAGGCGCAUAUCAAGAUCUCGUUUCAGUGGUUUGACGCCUUCACUCGGGCGGCGACGUCUCAGUACUCGCUAGCCUUCGAAAAGGCAUCGGUGAUCUUCAACAUCGCCGCCGUGCUCUCAUGUCAUGCCGCUGCUCAGAAUCGUUCCGAGGACAAGGACUUGAAGACUGCCUAUCAUUCUUUCCAGGCUUCCGCGGGAAUGUUUACCUAUAUCAACGAGAACUUCCUCCAUGCGCCGUCGAUCGAUCUGAACCGAGACACCGUCAAAACCCUGAUUCAUAUCGUGCUUGGCCAGGCGCAGGAGGUUUUUCUAGAGAAGCAGGUCAGGGAUGGCAAGAAGCCAGCACUUCUGGCCAAACUCGCCGCUCAAGCAGCAUUCCUGUACGGUCAGGCCAAGGAAGGACUCGAGUCGGACCAUGCACGGGGAGUCUUUGAGAGUGUAUGGUUGAAGCUGAUCCAGAUCAAGGCUUUGCACUUCUCUUCACUAGCAGAAUACUACCAGGCGUUGACUGAAGACGAGACCAGCCAGCAAGGUUCCGCGAUCGCGCGGUUGCAGCUCGCCGAGAAAUCGAGCAAGCAGGCAUACACCUUUGCAAAAUCUUUCCCUGCGACUCCGUCCUCGGCGUCACAACUAGGCUCAGAGACUGCUUCGGCAAUGCAAUCUAUCACUCGAAGACAGAUGGAGACGGUGCAGGAGAAGUUGGUGUCCUUGGUUAAGGAUAAUGAUUACAUCUACCACCAGACAGUACCGGCGGAAGCCUCAUUAUCUCCAGUCACCAAAGUACCGGCAGCUAAAGCGAUCCCUCUUUCUGAACUUUAUCAGGGCCAAGAUAUCCAACGAAUCAUUGGCCCCGACAUAUUUCAGAAGAUCGUCCCCAUUUCUGUCACCGAAUCGGCCAGUAUGUAUGACGAGGAGAAAGCGAAGUUGAUCAGAUCCGAGGCGGAAAAGGUCGAGCAAGCAAAUGGCGAAAUGGCUGCGAGCCUAGACUACCUCAAAUUGCCCAACAGCCUUAACGUUUUGAAAGGUGGUCUGGAACAGGAAAUGGGUGUUGACCGAGAUUUCGAGCAGUGGUGUCAGGAGAUUGCGAACCACCAAUCAUUCAACACCGCCUUCGAGCAACUCCAGAAAGAUAAGCAGACCGUUCUGGACAGCUUGGCCAAAAGCUCCAAGCAACUUGACAUGGAGGAGAGCGUGUGCGAGAAAAUGAGGUCCAAGUACGGUGCCGACUGGACUCAGCAACCCAGUUCGAGGUUGACGUCUACAUUAAGAGCUGACAUCAAGAGCUACCGCGACACUGUGGAUGAGGCUGGAGCCAGUGAUGCGCAGCUCUUUUCCACGGCCCGCCAAUACGAAAGUGAUUUUGAGGAAAUGCGAGCUGCCGGCGAACAAGGUGACGCGGAUGUCCUCUAUCAGCAAGCACUGAUCAAGGCCGGGUCGGGAUCGAAAAGCAGAAGUAAGUCGGGAGAUGAAACGACGCUACUGGAUGAGGACUACGGCGAAGGCGGUCUGUCAGUGAUGGAUCAGAUUGCAAAGGUCGAAGACUUAUUGCGGAAACUCAACCUCGUCAAGCGCGAGAGAAUGCAGGUGUUGAAGGACCUGAAAGAGAAAGUCCACACCGACGACAUCUCGAAUGUGCUCAUACUGAACAAGAAAGCAAUUGCCAAUCAGGAGAACCAGCUGUUUCAAGCCGAGCUGGAAAAGUUUCGAUCGCACCAAAACCGAUUGAUAUCAACCGUGCAUAAACAGUCGUCUCUGUUAAAAGAAUUGACAAAAACCUACGGUGACUUGCUACAAGACAAACGGGUGCGGUCAGAUCAGCAAAGGUAUGACGCUAUGCAGAAGAGCAAAAACAGCGUCAUGAACAAGUAUCGGAAAGUGUUCAAUGCACACGAAGAUCUCCUCCAAGGUCUUAUGCGGGCGCAGGGGUUUUACAGUGAGAUGAAGGAGAGUGUUGAUAGCCUGGAGAAGAAUGUCGAAUCUUUUGUCAGCAACCGCAGAGCAGAAGGUGCACAACUACUGCAUUCGAUCGAGCAGACUAAGAACAGUUCGGCGGAUGGUCAAGCGGCGGCCGAACAGAAGCGAAUGCAGGAAUUGAUGAAUCGAUUGUCCAUGGAACCCAAGCCGAUCUCACCUCUGCAAGCGGAACCUCCUGCUCUUCCUCCUUUACCGCCGAUCAACGCAUCAAGGUCUCCCGGUCCCGUGUCGCCAUCAUAUCCUACCACCAAUGCCGAUCCGAGAUUCACAAUUCCUCCUCGCCAUUCGCCUGCGCCGGUUGUGCCAAAUGGGUAUUCAGCUCAACUCCAGCCACCCUCACAGCCGACGAAUCCCUCACCGGUCGAGGCGCAACACGCUUUCGCUCAAGGCGCCGCAACCCCGCUGUCAUCCGCCUACAAUCCUAUGGCAUAUCCGGAAAGAGUCGCUGUCACUUCACCCAGUCAGCAACCUGGCGCAUAUACUUUCUCGCCGGUGACCUCUCCCCUUGGUCCCAUGAACACCUACCUCCCCCAAGGAUCCCAGACGCACCAACCACUCGCGUUUGCCUCCCCCAGUCACCAAUACUCCCAGUAUAAUUUCCCUCCUCAACCUCCGAGUGGCCCUGGAGCGUACCAGUCCCCCUCUCCUCAUCCACAAAUGCCUCAGUCGCAACCGCCUUAUCAUCAGCACCAGCAUCAGCCGUAUCAGCCUUCUCCGUCGCCCUACAAUAUGCCGCAGAAUUACGUGCCUCCGCCACCACCUCCCGGACCACCUGGAGGUGGUUCGACCACGCAGUACCCCCCUAAUCCAGCUGGCGCAUGGGCGAGCGGGCCCGGUGGGUACGCGAAUUAUACGCAAAGAUACCCGCAACAACAGCAGCAGGCGCAAAGCUUUCCCCUGCCUCAGCCAGGGCAGCCUCAAAGUGGUGGCGCACAAGACAGUGACCCUUGGGCGGGUCUGAGCGCGUGGAAAUGA